AUGGCCGCCACCAGCGCCACCUCGCCGGCGCCGCGCGCGCCCGCGUGGCCGUGCCGCCGCCCCGCCGCGCUGAAGUCCCCGGAGGCCCAGUUCCUCUCGGCGCGGGCCGGCGACGCUGGCUGCAAGCUGCCCACGCCCCUGAUGUACACGCCCCCCGCGCUGAUGGUCAACAGCAUGCGGAGCCUGGAGGGGGAGCCGGCGGUGCCGCCGUCGCCCUCCGUCUUGUGGCCGGCCACGCCCAGCCCCAUGGCCGCCGCCGCGGCGCGCGCCACCGCCGUGCAGGCGUUCCACAUGCCCAUGGCGGUAGACGUCCCGUCCGCGCCCGCGCCGGCGGUGCCUGGGGCGCUGGCGGCUUUUCAGGACGGGGCCGCGUUCUUCGUGCCCUUCGUGGAGGCGACGCAGCAGCUCGCCCAAGCCCCCGCCGGGAGCUGCGCGCCGGCUGGCCCCGAGCAGCCCUUCUUCAUGGCCCAGGGCCAGGUGGGGGUUCAGAUGCCGGCGCCCAUCUGGCAGUUCGCCCCGCCCCCGCCGCCGCCCGCGGAGCCUGCGCCCGGGUACCUGCCGGCCGCGGCGGACUGCGCUCAGGGCCAGGGUGACGCGGGGGCGGCCCGCGCUGCGGAGCCGGCGCGGGAGGUCGCCGCGCUGCUGCCGCAGCCGGGCGCGGGCCGCGAGGCGCCGGGCCGCGAGGCGCAGGGCGGCGUGCGGCCCGCGCCCGCGCCGUCCGCGGGCGCCGCCCUGCACGGCACGCAGGAGAUGCAGACCCUGCGCGUGGUACUACAAGCCCAAGGGGUGUAA